GUGCUCAUUUCAGAACCAAUACUCGGCUCCUUUCAGCAUAUUACCACCAAUAUUCAGGAUAACAUCCCUCGCAAAUCCAGUAAUCGGCUCCACUCAGUCUAUAUUCCCGCUGGUAUGGGCGAUCCAUUAACAACAAUGCUUGCUGACAUCGAGACGCAAGAGGAGUCCGACUUCCAACAUGAAUUGGACGACUAUUCAAGGGCAUAUCUGAAGUUAUUGGAACCCCACGAGGUUGCCACAGCUUAUACACCCACCGGUACAUUGUACGAUGACGUUGAAUCAGCCUACAGCGACAUCUUCUCCAUCAAACAGUCGUCCAUCGCCUCUCCCAUUUCGAUGACAGACUCAAACAACGAAAUUAGUAUUGCCACCUCUGUGAGCUUGAAUAUAAAGAAAUCGCCGAAGGUGAAGGACUUCCGAGUCGACUCCAAAUGGGCCAGUUUGUACUCCAGUUUAGGGAGAAAGGCCUUGUCUAAUAAGUUUCAGGAAUAUUUGAACGAGGAAAUAUCCGAGAACACCGGUGAGUCCAUGGGCAAGGAAAGUCUUCAGGUAUCUAUUUCCUUGGCUGGGAGGUCGGUGCUCGUUGGAGUGGAGGAGCAAACAAAUGAUACCAGUCUGUCCAUGAAGUCGUGCGGGCGAGUGGUUGUAAAGGGUGUGGUUUAUGAUUUCAACAUGUCCUCUGAGGAGCUUUUUGAUUAGCUCCUCAUCUUAGACUGGCUUUUAUUGGUAUGGUGUUCACAUCUCUUCAUUCUUCUGUUCUUGGUUGUGGUCAACCGGUUUUUCUCCCUG